AUGAUGUGCUGCAAGGAACCAGAUCCUAUCGAUUCAGUUAAAGAUCGUCCUGCUGAAGCUCAAGUUUUCUCUUCUUUACAAAUUUUAACAGCUGUUUUUGGAUCAUUUGCUCAUGGUGGUAAUGAUGUAAGUAAUGCUAUCGGGCCGUUGAUUGGUUUAUGGCUUAUUGCUACAACACAAUCAGUUGAUUCAUCGAAAACUACAGAUGUUUGGAUUUUGGUUUAUGGUGGUGUUGGUAUAUCAGUUGGUCUUUGGAUAUGGGGUAGACGAGUUAUCCAAACAUUAGGUGAAGAUCUGACGAAAAUAUCACCUUCCAGUGGUGUUUGUAUUGAAAUUGGUUCAGCCCUAACUGUAUUAAUUGCUAGUAAAAUUGGUCUGCCAAUAUCAACUACACAUUGUAAAGUUGGUUCAGUCGUAUUUGUUGGACGUGCACGUUCUAGAGACAAUGUUAAUUGGGGUAUAUUUCGUAAUAUUCUAGUUGCAUGGUUGGUAACCUUACCCGCUGCUGGUGCUAUCUCUGCUUUACUCAUGUAUAUAUUUACAUUUGUAGUAUGAAUUUAGUUUAUUAUAUUAUUAUUAUUAUUAAUAAAUAUUUUAUGAUUAAAAAAUCUGUUUUUAUAAGUAAAAAGAACGAACAGAAUAAACUAAAUCUCACAAAUCAUUAAUGUAACUUCUUGUUUGUAUCCUCAUUCAUUUUGAGCGAACUGAUUGAUUUUUUCUGCUCACUUCUUCAUUUAUGUACUAGAUUUCUAUUGUUUUUGUUCUUUUUUUCGUUCAACACAUCCGCUUGUAAACACAUAUGCACAUACACAGAAUAGAAAAACAUUUGCUUUUCUCCCUCGUUAUCAUUACUAUUAUUAUGAACUGAUCUCGUAUUAAUUAGAUAAAUGUUCUUAUUAGUACAAGUGGUGAUGGUUUAUUUAGUUGAUGUUCUGUUUAAAAAUAAAAGUUCCCUUAAUCUCUCACCAUCUUUAUUACAUUCAACGUCUGUGGAAAUAGUACCCUAUUUACCAGUUAACACUGUACACAGUUUACUCACAUACAUGCACAUAAACAGAGACAAGGAAUAGUAAAAAGAAAACAGAUUUGUAGCAACAUCCUUUUGAAUUGUAACAUAAAACAUUAUUAUUUCCUUGUAAUUUUGUUUUUAUCAACUAAUAUUAGUGAAAAAAAGUUUUAUUUUUCUAGUUACUACUUCCUUGAUAAGUUGUUUGUUUAAUGAGAAGUUAUUAUUAAUUAUUAAUUUAUGAUGUGAUUCAAUUAAUUAAUUAAGAGAACCUUUGAAAAAUGUUUGUUCGGUUGUUUUUUCCCCAUGUUUCUUUAUUAAUCAUAUAAACUAUAGGAUAGAUAAAUUGAACUAAUGAUAUCACUUUUUGUAAGAAAUAAAUCUUGGAUUUGUUUCGAUCAAUGAUGAGACGACGUUAAUACAUAGUAAAAUGGUAUUAUAUUCACUUUGAACACCAUUAUUUACAGUGGUGUUAUUUUCUUUGAGCUGGAUGGUUUGUUGUAGGGUCUUUUUUAUUGUCGUCGUUGACUGCAUCAUGUAGAAUAUUCUGGUGGAGAUUUUCAAACAAUAAUGAAUGCUUUGCAAUUAAAUCAUCCAUUUGAUGAAAGUACAUAACACUACCAAAUAGAUUGAUAGGAGCUCCAUUAUUUCGAUAUUACUUAUCUUUGAAUAGUGGAUAGAUAAUGGAUGUUAUCAUAUUGUAUCUUAGAUCUUAUUUCAAUAUACUGAGUUAUCUCAAAAUGUAUCUUUACAUAUAGACUUUUUAGUGGGUAAAAAUGUAC